AGCUGCAACAGCAACUUAGUAUUGCUUGCAGUGUAAGUACCGUACAGUCAACAUGCAACUUUCAGAGCUCCCUUGAUUGACUGGUUUAACCGUGAAUGCAAUUGGCCCAGGAAUGACUGUGUAUAAUACAGUACAUAUGUAGCAACACAAGGAAUACAACCAAAAAGAGGACUUGCACCUAGCUACUCUCUAGGGGCUCUCUAGCCCGGACUUGUUAUCACAGCUUAGAGCUCAAAAUUGCCAUCUAAGCAUUUUGGCAGCUUGAUGGAGGUGACAGACGGGGCUCCUCCAGUCUUAAGAGAGGGGGUCAUGGCGUUCGAUGCUGAAGGCCAUGGGCGCUUGCCUGAGCUGCAGGGAACAGUGGACUUGGAAGCAGGCGGCCGUAGCCUGACUGAGCUGAGGCGGGAGAAGCUGGAGCAGCUGCCGUCCCAGCUCCGCGCAGAGAGUGCACUCUUGCCUGACGAGCUGGUGGGGCCCGACAAGGAGGUGACCUUUGCUAUCCAGAACCUGACCAGGAAGGAGAGGGAGCAAAUUGUGAAAAGGGCACUGGCGACCACAGACCAAGACAAUGGCGUGUAUUAUCAAAAGUACAGGUCCAGACUAGACAGAGUUGAGCUUGCACAGCCUUCGGUGGAGAUCCGCUUUGAUGACCUCACCAUCGAGGCAGGCGUGUACGUGGGGGGUCGUGCGCUUCCCAACCUGCUCAAUGCGAGCAGGAACGCCAUGGAGUCUCUUCUCAGGGUGCUGCACCUGACGAGGGACAACCGCAGGAGGUUUCAGAUCCUUCGAAAAGUUUCAGGCGUCCUGAAGCCAGGCCGCCUGACUCUCCUUCUGGGGCCUCCUGGUUGCGGGAAGAGCUCAUUGCUCCUUGCGCUUGCUAACCGUCUGGACUCUAACCUGAAAGUAACAGGAAGUAUCACCUACAACGGGCAUACCGCAAAGGAGUUUUCCCCAAAGCGCACAGUCACGUAUGUGCCCCAAGUGGACUUGCAUAUUGGGGAGCUGACGGUGCGUGAAACGCUGGACUUUGGGGCAAGGUGUCUGAGAGCAGGGACAAACAAAGAUCUUGUCCGGGAGCUUGGUAGGCGCGAAGUGGCGGACGCCAUUGUGCCCGACCCCGACAUCGAUGCGUUCAUGAAGGCGUCCGCUCUGGAGGGCCAAAAGGAGAACCUUGUGACUGAUUACGUCAUGAAGAUCCUGGGGCUGGAUAUUUGCGCAGACACGCUGGUUGGGAACCAGCUGAUCAGGGGAGUGUCGGGAGGGCAGAGGAAACGUGUCACUACCGGCGAGCUUCUUGUCGGCUCGAAGAAAGUGCUGUUGCUGGAUGAGAUUUCGACGGGGCUUGACAGCUCGACCACAUUCCAGAUAGUCAACUGCCUUCAAAACAUCUGCCACUAUACAAAGUCUACGGUGUUCACGUCACUACUCCAGCCCGCCCCCGAGACCUUCGAGCUAUUUGAUGACGUGGUGCUGCUGUCGGAGGGCCACGUCAUCUACCAGGGUCCACGCGAGCGCAUCCUCGACUUCUUCGAGAUGCAGGGGUUCCGGUGCCCCAAGAGGAAGGGCGUCGCAGACUUUCUUCAGGAGGUCACGUCUCGCAAAGACCAGGAGCAAUACUGGGCACGUGACACCCCGUACACAUACGUGCCCGUGUCCUCCUUUGCGGAUGCUUUCGACGACUUCGAGGUUGGCCGGCUCAUCCGCAAGGAGCUAUCUCAGCCGUUCGAUAAGGCGCGCUCGCUGCCCGGGGCCCUUGUCCCGAGCAAGGCAGGUCGCGACUUCGAGUGGGGAAUCUUCAGGGCGUGCUUAGACCGGGAGUGGACUCUCAUGAAGCGGAACAGCUUCCUGUACAUCGUCAAGACGGUCCAGUGUGCGCUUUUGGCGAUCAUAAGUGCGACCGUUUUCCUUCGCACGACGCUCAAUUCGGACAGCAUCGCGGACGGCUCGCUGUACCUGAGCAUGAUCUUCUUCUCCCUGGUCUACAUCAUGUUCAACAGCUACGCAGAAAUAUCACUAACGGUGCACCGGCUGCCCAUCUUUUUCAAGCAGCGCGAGGACCAGUUCUACCCAGCGUGGGCCUUCAACCUGCCGUCAAUCAUCACACGGCUGCCCUACACCCUGGUCGAGGUUCUCAUCUGGACCGCCCUCACGUAUUACAUCGUCGGCCUUGCGCCAGAUGCUGGCAGGUUCUUCACUUACUUUUUGAUCCUGCUCGCUCUGCACCAAAUGGGUGUGGCUCUCUUCCGGCUCGUGGGCGUGCUCGCGCGCACCAUGACCAUGGCCAACACCGCCGGUUCCUUUGCGCUUAUGUGCAUCUUCCUGCUUGGAGGCUUCGUCAUCGCCAAGCCGCAAAUCCACCCGUGGUGGAUCUGGGGGUUCUGGAUCAGCCCGCUCAGCUACGUGCAACAGGGCAUGGCCAUCAACGAGUUCAGCGCGCCCCGCUGGCAAAAGCUCGCGCCCGGCAGCAACGAGACCAUCGGCGCCUCUGUGCUCACGGCACGUGGCCUUUUCCACGAGCACUGGUGGGUGUGGGUCAGCGUGGGGGUCAUGGUCGGAUACGCUAUCCUCUUCAACGUGCUCAUCAACCUCGCGCUGGACUACUUCCCACCUAUUGGCACAGCUCAGGCCAUCAUCUCGGAGGACGUGUUGGAUGAGAAGGAGAAGGCACGUGUUGGGCACGUGACCGACGCCCUCAACGUUAGCGUCCUCAUUCCCGUCGUGGAGGCAGCGAGCGGCGCUGACGAGCGUGCAGGCACUCCGGUUGCCAAGGAGAAUACUGGAGUACACCGGAGAGCUAUCAUUGUACCCGAGACUCAAAUUGAGCUCGCGCAGUCACGCACCCCCGGCAGUCGGCGGUCACGCACCCCCGGCAGCAGUCGGCGCGCCUCCGUCACUCCCUCCGGCUUGGGGCAGCCCUCUCCCUCUGGGCUCGCGCAGUAUUAUGAGAAAGUGGGCGGGGCAAAACGCGGCAUGGUGUUGCCCUUCGAGCCGCUUUCGAUGGUCUUCCACGACGUGUGGUACUCAGUGGACGUUCCCAAGGGCCUGGCGAAAGAGGGCGAGGAAGGCAACAAGCUGCAGAUUUUGAAAGGCUGCAGCGGGGCGUUCCGGCCUGGUGUGCUCACAGCGCUCGUUGGGGUGUCUGGCGCGGGGAAGACCACGCUCAUGGACGUGUUGGCAGGAAGGAAGACGACCGGGUACGUCGAGGGUGACGUCUUCGUGGGCGGAUUCCCAAAGGAGCAGGACUCGUUUGCACGCGUGUCGGGUUACGUGGAACAGUUUGACAUCCACAGCCCGUCAACGACUGUUUUUGAGGCACUUACCUUCUCUGCCUGGCUAAGGCUCUCGGAGACCGUCGAUCCGCAGACGCGCAAGGAGUUUGUGGAGGAGGUUAUGGAGUUGGUCGAGCUAAUCCCCCUCCGCAACGCCCUCGUCGGCUCCCCCGGCGUAAGCGGCCUGCCCGUCGAAGCCCGCAAGCGCCUAACCAUCGCCGUCGAGUUAGUCGCUAACCCGAGCAUCAUCUUCAUGGACGAGCCCACGUCCGGAUUGGACGCACGUGCCGCUGCCAUUGUGAUGCGGACGGUCCGCAACACGGUGGACACGGGUCGGACCGUCGUGUGUACGAUCCACCAGCCGAGCAUCGAUAUCUUUGAGGCCUUCGACGAGCUGCUGCUCAUGAAAAGAGGGGGCCACGUCAUCUACGCCGGCCCGCUUGGGACCAAGUCCAAGUUCCUCGUCGAGCACUUCUCGGCCGUGAGGGGCGUGCCGCAGAUCCGCGACGGCCACAACCCGUCCACGUGGAUGCUCGAGGUGACGACACCUGGCAUGGAGGAGAAGCUGGGGGUCGAUUUUGCCGAGUACUACAAGAGCAGCACGCUUUUCAAGCGCAACGAGGACCUGAUUGCCAAACUGAGCAAGCCCAUGGAGGGCGCGUCAAAACUGCGCUUCGACAGCAAGUACUCGCGCAGCUUCGGGGUGCAGUUCACCGCGUGCUUCUGGAAGAACAGCCGCACCUACUGGCAGACGCCCGAGUACACCGGCGUGCGCUACUUCUUCUCCGCGGGCGUCGCGCUCAUUUUUGGCAGCAUCUUCUGGGACUUGGGGCAGAUAAGGAACACCCAGCAGAAUGUGUUCAACGUGAUGGGCGCCAUCUAUGCCUCGGUGCUCUUCCUCGGAACGUCUAACGCGUCCUCGGUUCAGCCCGUCUUCUCCAAGGAACGUGCCGUCUCGUAUCGGGAACGGGGGGCCGGGAUGUAUUCCCCGACCGCGUGGGUGCUCGCGCUGUGCGCCAUCGAGGUCCCUUACGUCCUGGUGCAAACGGUGCUCUACAGCUGCAUCACUUACUCCAUGAUCAACUUCGAAUGGACCGCCAUCAAGUUUUUCGAGUACAUGGCCGUGAUGUUCCUGACCUUCCUCAUCUUCACUUACUACGGCAUCAUGGUGGUCGCCGCCACCCCCGGACUGGCGCUCGCCUCCAUCAUCAGCUCGUUCUUCUACAGCUUCUGGAACCUCUUUGCGGGCUUCCUCAUCCCACUGCCGCGGAUUCCUGGAUGGUGGGUUUGGUACUACUACAUCAACCCCAUCUCUUGGACGCUGUACGGCCUCAUCGCGUCGCAAUUGGGCGACGUAAACGACGAGUACAUCUUGGAGACCAACGGCGCCAAAGAUAAGACGGUGUCGGAGUUUGUGCGCUCGCAUCUUGGUUUUAAGCACGAGUACGUCCCUGUCGCACUUGCGUGCUUGCUGGGGUUCGUUAUUAUUUUCUUCUUGCUAGCGGUCAUGGCAGUGCGCUUCCUCAACUAUCAGAAGCGAUAGGAACGAGAAGUCCGUCAGGUGUGGAGGGGAGAGCGUAUUUAUAGGGGUAGCUUUUAGACGCCCAUCGUCCGCACACCUUGAUCAUUAGAGGCACGUCGUCCGCAACGGUGUUCAUUGAGAAACCCGUCGUCCGCCAAAGGUAGUUUUCUACAAACACGUCGUCCGCAGAAUGUAGCUAUUGACAAACCCGUCGUCCGCGAAAGAUAGUUUUUGACAAACCCGUCGUCCGCAAAAGGUAGUUAGCGAGAAACCCGUCGUUUGCAGAGUUGAUUAUUGAGAAGCGGUCGUCCGCAGAGGUAGUCACGGUAUAGAAGCCCGCCGCCCACAAACUCUUGACACCGCUGGACCAUCACUUAGAGCAUCAGUGAAGCGCUUCGUGAUGAAGCCGCCCUGGCACCCGCGAUUAGUGCGUAGCAAUUGAACAAACCUUUUCGAGAGAAGAAUGUACAGGUGGUUAAGACAUUAUUAGAGGGAACUACCAUUUAAUCAUCAAACUUGAUCAACCGCUACACUUAGACACCGCUUCGCGAGCAUCAAGAGCGCUUCGAAAUGAAGACGCUCAUUCGCAGAUCGCAUUUGAGACAAAGCAACAAAAAGUAUUAUCUGAUGAUCUGAUUGAUUUUUAGGACAAG